AUGGUGAUCGGUGUAGGCACUUCGCCUUCGCGGAAACCGAAAUCCCGUAUUUACACGGUGCAGAAACCUCGGCUCCGACGAGCUGUUACUUGGAGUCCGAGGGGGCCCCGUAGGGGCUUGGUGCCACCUAUCGACUAUCUUCGGCAAGUAACGUUAGAUCUAGGGGGCGAAGGCGUAUUAGGAGCCGUCACAGAGCGCCAUAUGAUAAGGAGAGCACCUCCAACCCACACACAGCAAGCUAGGAGCACCGUACGAGCUCUGAUCAGAAGAUUUAACGAGGUGUCAGCUUGGGUGACUGAGUUGGUGCUUACUCAGACCUCAUCAGAAGAACGUAAAGCAGCGUUGGCUUGCGUGCUCCGGGUCGCGUUAACCUGCUGGAACAUUGGAAACUUUAACGGAGCAAUGGAGAUCGUUGCAGGCUUAAAGUCCAACAAGCUGAAGGCCUUCUGGUUCAGCAUAUCAGACGAGCCUCUACCGGCACUGGACUUCCUGUCGGCUGCUCUACUAUCAGCUGAAUACGAACGAGCGUUGGGCAGAGCGCUGGCGAUGCCUGAAUGUAGACUGAUACCAUUUUUUGGUGCCUUCUUAAGAGAACUCAGGGAGAUCCUGGCAGCAACCCCGGCACUGACCAGCCACUCGGUAGCAGCCACCCCUACACACAGAAGAGAAUUCAAAAGAGAAUCUGUCAAAGAAGACAGAGGCUCACAGAAGAAAGACCCGCGAAGGGAAAGCGGGAAAAGGGUGGACCAGAGUACCACCACCAGCCCCCUCAGAGAUAGCUGCAAGAGGGACGUCAGAGUUAGCGAGCCAAGCAGACAAGUGUAUAUAGCAUCGUUUGAUGAAGAUGGUGAGCAGGCUCCCGGGUGGAGGAGAGUCGGCCCCGAGGGUCUGGUGAAUUUAGAGAAGGUGUACAGAACACAAGCAGUCAUGGACCACAUAGCAAGCUUCCACCAGCACCAUUAUGCGCUGGCGAGAAAUAAUGCACCUAUAUUUGGGGAGUAUUUGAGAGCAGCAAUAUCUUCAUGUGAGGAGCCUGUCUUCUCUCAGUCUUCUCAGAAGACCAGUGGCUGUGAUUUCGAGAAUGAGGCUCUUUACGAGCUGGAAGGUGGGGGCUACUGUCCUGUGCAACCCUUACCUCACGACCAUGGAGUGACGAUGUUCCCUUUGGCACCACAGAAUGGUGAAAGAAUAGACAGGCAUGUUUUGCAGAUAAUGCAGCACGGCACCGCAUGCGUGGUGGGUGAGGCGGAGUGGGGCGGCGCGCUGGCGCAGCUGCGGCUGGAGCGCGCGUGUGCGCUGCUCACGUGGUGCCGCACCGCGCACACGCCGCACCACCACCACGGUGAUAUGCCAUCGGAGAAUAUACAGCAACCUGAAGUGAGCUUAUCAUAUAACCCUGAAGAAGUUAUACCCCUGAAGUAUUCCACGAAUCUAACGCACGAAAACGAAGCCGGCGUAGUGGCGGAAGAAGGCUUUAUCGACCUCCAAUGCGUUAAGGAUAUGCGUUUGGGUGGUAAACUCUUGGAGCCGCGUGAUAUCACCGAGCUGACCGCCUCCGCGCGGAGACACGGCCUGGAGUCUCACACUCCUCAUAUCAUCAGCUUGGUGUAUGGGAAGACGCUGAGUGAUAACAGAACAGUUCAUUUCGUGCUGCCAUCAUACUCCUACAAAGUAUGGGCAGUGGGUCUCCAUUCCGUCAUCAAGGCACUAAUGAGCCAAGCCAAACUGGCGGAUCGAAGUCUGGCAUGGUUGAAGAAUAAGUAUACGGCUUUAUACUACGAAGAUGGAUGCUGCUGCGAACCUCUAGUUUCUGACGCUAUAAGGGUGUUCGGCGGCAGGGAAUCUGUCUGUGGUAGUUCUUCUCACUCUACUCCUGUAAAGGGUGUCUUUAGCGAGUCACAUUCUGACUCAAUCAAAAGUGCCGGUAUUAAAUUUAAGAAAAAUAAAUCUACUUCAGAACUGAAAACCUGUUCACCCAAAAGCUACGGAUCCACACAUACAUCGGGAACAAGAAGUGAAGACGAAGUUGUACAGGGUUCACCACGACAUAGUUCUUACUCUGCCACCACGAGUCAUCAUCAUCCUUGUGCACCGCGACACAGCAGCUUGACCGCUGCAGCUACCAGUAUUAUAGCUGGCUCACCAAACAGGAGCAGCUUAAGAAGAUUAGAAACAAGCGAACGCUUUUGGGAGAACCUGAAGCAUCUAAGAACCGGCUCUGUUGGCUACGACACGCAAUUAGACUUCAUGGACUUCGUCGCUCUAUUUAGAAGUUUUAGCCUCGUGAUGCGUUCGGAAUUAAGGGAUGUAUUCGAGCAGUUGGCAGUGCCCAGGAAUCGUACGCCCCUGCUAGCAGCCGAGAGGAGUUUAUUAACACGAAACGGAUCGUUGGACUUGGAACCACCGAGUGAUAAGGCUGGUAGAAAGAAAGCUUUCGAUUUACUCGCAGCCGCUGCAUUACCAGGCGCCUGCCCAGAAGUGAGCGGGCGUGUGUUAUCGCUGCCCACGCUAGGGAAGUUCUGCGAGACUAGACAAAACGAGCCGAAAACUGAAGCACAAUUAAAGGACAUCAUUCAGGUGCUAAAAACGUUUACAUUACAAUUGUGGGUAUAUCGAUAAAUAUCGGUCGUUCACCUCAAAACAUCGGGUAUAUAGAUAGCGGCGGUUUUAAAGAAAACUUCUUUCUUUCUUUAUCUCUGUUAGCAAAUAAAUAAAAUAAGACAUGUUUAUGGUUUACAGUAAAAAACUAAAAUAGACUGCAGAAAUGUAUAUUUGGAGACAGUUUUAUUUUCAAUAAUUUUACAAAAAAAUCUUAAUUAA